AUGGCUCCCACUCUCCGCCUCCCACGGGAGAUCCACGUCCCCACUCUAUCACAAGUCGAGCACGCUGUGGCCCGCGCGGCCGCCGCCAUCCUCGAACCCACCAAGACCACAAGGCAGGGCGUGUUCCGGCGGCAGUCGGCGACAGGGACGACAGUGACGGGCACGACGGUAACAAUCGUAGCCAGCCCAGGCGAUGGGACGUCGACGUCGAGCAACACGAACACCAACGCGACGUCGGCGCAGACGCUCAGCGGCGGCGCCAUCGCCGGCAUCGUCGUCGGGUCCGUCGCCGGCCUGCUGCUGCUGAUCUGGAUCAUCCGCAGCUGCACCAACCUGGGCGCGCCGCCCGCCGACCCGCCGGCACGCGGCGCCGCCUGGUACGAUGGCGUGCGGAGCGAGCACCAACCCAUGCCGCCGCCGUCGCCGCGCCACCGCUCGCGCUCGCGCCACUCGCACCAGCACCACCACUCGCACUCGCACUCACACUCGCACUCGCGCCCGCGCCGCUCCUCGGACCUGCGAGAGGUCCGCGAGGUCCGCGAGGUCCGCGAGGUCCAGCCCGUCGCCGUGUAUCGCGAUGAUCGGAGGAGAGAGCGGAGGAGUCGGAGUCGGAGUCGGUACUGA